UGUGUAAAUCAUGUCAAUGUUCUUUUAAACGGCCACCAAAAUUAAACCAAAAUGCUCCAUUUCUUUUUAGCUUAUGCAAAUCUGUUUUUCCUUUUGGUUUUGGUGAGUGCCUUAUCAACUAUACUGUUGAAAAUCCUUUGGCAUCCUUGUCAUGAAUCCACCCCUAAUAUUCCACCUGGCAGUCGAGGACUACCCUUUAUCGGUGAAACUUUACAGUUCAUGGCCGCCAUUAAUAGUUCGAAAGGUUUUUAUGAUUUUGUCAGAAUCCGUCGCCUUAGGUAUGGAAAUUGCUUCAAGACAAACAUAUUUGGGCAGACUCAUGUUUUUGUUUCGACAACAGAGUCAGCUAAGGCAAUAUUGAACAAUGAGUCUGGUCUAUUCACAAAGAGAUAUAUCAAGUCAAUUGGAGAGCUUGUUGGUGAUGGAAGUCUGUUAUGUGCUUCUCAUCAGCAUCAUAAACUGAUACGUAGUCGUUUAAUAAAUCUAUUCUCAACCACUUCGCUUUCGGUGUUUAUCAAACAAUUUGAUCAACUGAUUUUGUCAAGUCUUCACAACUGGGAAGAAAUGGGCACUGUAGUUGUUCUCGAUCAAGCACUUACGGUAACAUUCAAAGCCAUGUGCAAGAUGUUGAUGAGUAUUGAGAAUGAGGAAGAAGUAGAGAUGCUGCGAAGCGAUAUCACUUAUGUUUGUGAAGCAAUGCUUGCAUUUCCUCUUACAUUUCCCUUCACUGGAUUCUAUAAUGGCCUCAAAGCCAGGAAAAGAAUUAUGAACACACUUGAAAUGUUGAUAGAUAAGAGAAGGAGCUCAUAUGAAGCCAAUCCACAAGAUUUUCUGCAGUACCUUUUGGUAGGAGAUGGAAAGACAUGUUUUACAGAUGCAGAAAUUAAAGACAAUAUAUUAACCAUGAUAAUUGCAGGUCAGGAUACAACAGCAAGUGCUAUCACAUGGAUGGUUAAGUACAUUGGUGAAAAUCAAAAUGUUCUAGACAAGCUUUACGCAGAACAAUAUCACAUUGCAGAAAAAAUUGGUACUUUAGACAGGCAGUUUCUUACACUGGAAGAUCUUAAUGAGAUGCCAUAUGCUUCCAAGGUGAUUAAGGAAUCCUUAAGAAUGGCCUCUAUAGUACCCUGGUUCCCAAGAUUAGCACUUGAGGACUGUGAGAUUGAAGGAUUAAAGAUAAAGAAAGGAUGGAACGUUAAUAUUGAUGCAAGAUCAAUACAUUUUGACCCUAUUCUAUACGACGAAUCCAACAAAUUCAACCCUUCAAGAUUUGAUGAUGACUCUCAACCAUUUAGCAGCUUCUUGGCAUUUGGAUUGGGAGCAAGGACUUGUUUGGGCAUGAACAUGGCUAAGGCCAUGAUGCUAGUCUUCCUUCACCGUCUUCUUACUACUUACAAGUGGAGAGUAAUAGAUUCGGACUCAAGUGUUGAGAAAUGGGCACUUUUCUCAAGAUUAAAAUCUGGUUGCCCCAUAAAUGUUACUCGUAUAAGAAACUAAGGAUGCUACUCCAAGUAUAUUUAAUUAUAAUCAAAUUGGAAAAAAUACUUUAAAAGAGCUCAUAAAGAAAAAAAGUAAAGAAGUCUUAUUGGGUAGUUAAAGUGGAGAUUAGGCACGCUUUUACCUAAUCUCACUACUUAUUGUAAUUUUCCAAGUCUUAUGUCAUAUUUAGUAUGACAUGUACGAAUACAGAAGAAGAAGGUCAAAAGUAUAUGUAGAUAAUUAUAUAUGCUUAUUUUAGAUUGUAUUAAAAACAUUAAUUUUUCUUUGCGUAAACUACCACUUUCGAUCA